AUGGACUUGUGCGCAACGCUGAAUCAACUUCGAAAGGGAUUUGAGUGUGACUCUCAGUCGUCAACCAACAAGGCUUCGCCGAUGGAAUUAAAAUUAGAGCCACUUUGUAUACCAUCAUUUGACGGCUGCCCCCAUAAGUGGCUUGCAUUCAAGGAUUUGUUUGAGACGUUGGUACAUAAUCGGGAUUUGCCGGUGGCUUACAAGCUGGGGAAACUACGCCAAGCUGUUAAGGCAGAGUCGGUUCCGUUAGUAGGAGGGUUGUAUUCAGGUGGGUACGAGGAAGUGUGGAAGGCGCUGAAAGAUCGGUAUGACAACCCUAAGCAAUUAGCGGAGAUUCACGUUGCUAGAGUUUUGAACAUGAAGUCAAUGGCUGAGGAUACGUCCAAGGAAUUAUUGGGCGUCGUUGAUGUGGUAAACGAAUCCUUGCGAGCGUUAACGGUAAUGAAGUUACCUGCCGACAAGUGGGAUGCCCUUACCGUACCCAUUGUGGUUUCUAAACUCUCCGCUAGAACACAGCGAGAAUGGUGUAUGCAUUUCUCUUCCACCGAGCUAUCAACUUUAAUUGCCUUGCUAGCGUUUUUAGAGAAACGAGCACAUAGUCUCUCAACUGAGUUUUGCCAGGUAGCGGAUCGUCCCGACGUGCCGCAUUCUUCCUCAAAGCAGAAGAAGACUCCCCGCUCUCUAAAGUGCAACCUCGCCGCGACUGGCGAUGGCAAAUGUCAGCACUGUCAAGGACCACACAAGGUUAUGCGUUGUCCGGCCAUUCUGGCUAUUGGGCCGGAUCAACGCUUUGAAGCUCUAAAGCGAUCGAAUUUGUGCUUUAACUGUUUGCGACCCGGACACCCAUCUAAACUAUGCUGCUCCGGCAACUGCCGCCAGUGCGGCCACAGACAUCAUACGAUUUUUUGCCGCAACAAAUCACAGCAACUUAGUACAUCUGACGGGGUAGAUACUCCUAUGGCUAAACCAGACAGUAUAGCCAAUCCAGUCCCACCAUCAUUAUGA